AUCGCCGAAGUUGACGAAAUCGGAAACAGGAGCAAAUUCAUUGGUAAUUUGUAACGUGAAAUUAGUGAAGAAAAUGUAUGUGAAUAUUCUUUGAAAAGCGUUUAAGUAUCUGGAUAGAAUAAAAGGAAUUAAUAAUUGUGUGGUGAAGCUUAACAAAGUGAAAACUAGUUUAAAUAGUGAAUGCUGAGCACAUAGAGAAAAUAAUCACAAUCUUUUAAUCGAAAUAGGGGGGAACUAGCUGGAAUGCAAAGUGCAGCAGAGGCAGCGUACGCCAGCGGAGCCCCAACCCCAACCUCAAAAUUAUACGAAUAGAGAUUACUUGGUCGGUCGGUUAAUGUGUUGCGAAAAAGUCAAAUAAUCGCGAGAGGAGUGGCGGAGACGCUACAAAUAAAUGAGCUUGUUAGUUACGCGCAAAACGUGAAAUUUAAGGACGGACUGAUUACUAACAUUAUUGAAACUAAAAAAUAGGUGAUUAAAAAAUACGGUUAUAAUAUAUGAAAUGAAAAGCGCACUGCAGGAAAAUCGAUAAAAAAAAACAUUGCAAGGUGCAGUGAGCAAUAACAGCCAAAUAACCACGAUACGAGAAAACUAUUGUAAUAAAUAAUCAAAACAAAAGUAUUAUGAACGAAAACGAAAUUGCAAACAAUUUAAUUUUGUGCUACAAUGAAAUUUGAAAAAGAAUUAGAUUUUCUGCUAGUGAAGGAAAAAGAAAAAAUAAACGAAAAGGUGGUGGACGCAGUCCAGCAACUAGAUGUAGAAGUAGGAUACGAUCAAAAUUGACACAAAGUAAAUCGAAGGAAAGGGAAUAUCACAAAAUAUCAAAGAAAAAAGCACCGGAUAAAAGGUGGCAAAAGAAAGUUUAAAUGCAGUGAAGUGUAAAAAGAAAUACGUUAAAGCAAAAUCAAGAAGAAAAGCUGUGAUGUGCAAUAAAGUGCUGGCGCAGUAAACGAAGAGGAAAGAUAGUAGAAGAGUGAAUUUUUUCAUCAUUGCAUGGUGUGUGAAAUGAAGUGAAAGAAAUCGAAAGAAGGUAAAUAAGAGCAAAUAUGCAAGAAAGCAGAAAUGUUGAUUAAAUCGGGCAAAGUCAACUUUCAAUGACAAUUUAAUACAUUCAGUAAAGGAAUUGCACGACAAGAGAAAAAUUUUAACAUAUUUUGGAAAGAAAACUCAAUUGUGCUAGAGAAAAUCAGUUUUAGUUUUUACUUUAUUAUAGCUAUUCCUCUCAAUUUCACAUGCUUAAUGUUUCAUGGAUGUUAUACUUAGUAGCGAAAAUAAAAUUAAAAAAUUUUAAACUAAAACUCAAAUUGUAAAUAGCAAAAAUUGUGCUGAACAGUUUGUGGAAAUUUAAUUCUUAUUGUAAUUGAAAUACGAACUGUCACAAAAUACUGCCAGCUCCGCGGCGUGGCAGAUACAUAAAGUCUGCCUUUGAGUGACUGGCAGACUGAUUGGUAGGCUGGCGUACGAUCCAACAAAUUGAUCGAAAGAUUGGGUGAUCAAUUAAUAUUGUCAGCCAAGCAAAAGGGUGAUAAUUCAUAUCACCAUAAUAUCAAAGACGAAAGUUUAGAAGAGACAAGGAAUCAAAGAAGCAUUCAAAAUGACAUCUCUGGAUGUGCGCAACAAUUCGGCGGUUAUGAAGCGGGCCGAGCAACUGAAACGCUGGGAGGAAUCAGAUACAAAUCGUCAACCGCCAACGCCACGUCCCGAGCGUGGACGCAAAAUCAAAUUCUCCUCCGGCUGUGUCUUUUUAGCAGCAUGCAUGUCUGGCGACAAGGAGGAAGUUCUAAAGUUGCUAGAAAAUGGUGCCGAUAUCAAUACAGCCAAUGUUGACGGAUUAACUGCCCUACAUCAGGCUUGCAUUGAUGAUAAUCUAGAAAUGGUGGAAUUUCUAAUCGAACAUGGCGCUGAUAUAAACAGACAAGAUAAUGAAGGUUGGACGCCGCUACACGCCACAGCCUCGUGUGGCUUUGUGAGCAUAGCCCGUUAUUUGGUAGAACACAACGCCGAUCCGGCCGCUGUAAAUAGCGACGGUGACUUGGCCGUGGACUUGGCUGUCGAUAUACAACAUUUGCCGAUGAUGGAUUUCAUGCAAAAGGUGAUGACUGAACACAAUAUCGACUGUGAGAAGGCGCGACAGGCAGAGGAGCAGCUGAUGUUGAGUGAUGCCAAAAAAUGGUUGCGCAGUGAUGCGUCCGAAGUGGAUCGGCCACAUCCAAAAACUGGUGCCACAGCGUUGCAUGUUGCAGCGGCAAAGGGUUACACUAAGGUUAUAAGUUUACUACUCGCCGGGCGUGCUAAUGUCGAUAAACAGGACAAUGAUGGCUGGACGCCGUUGCAUGCUGCAUCACAUUGGGGCCAGAAGGAGGCAGCCGAAAUGAUUGUCAAUGCCAUGGCUGAUAUGGAUAUACGAAAUUACGCCGGUCAAACGUGCAUCGAUGUGGCUGAUCGUAAAAUGGCAAAGUUCUUGGAGGAAUUGCGUAACACCAGCAACAAACGUGUCAAACGUCGCCCUUCUAGUCAAAUCAGAAUCUCAGAUAAAAUUGAAAAUCACAUUGAUAAUACACCAACGAAAAUCAUACGAGUUGAAGUGAAGUCGGAUCAGUCGAAGGAUCAAGCGAAUGCUUCCAUAUCUGAUAUUGAACUGCCAAUGAUUGAUAGUAGUGAACAGCUGGAUCAGCCGCAUAACCUAGCGCGAAUAGCUGAAUAUGAUGAAACCGAUUCUGAACUCACCGAUUCAACAGAAAGCUCACACUCGACAAGCCUAUCCGAACCUGAAGAUGAAAAAUCAAAGCAACCGAGUGAUUCAUCUACUGAUAACCAAUCUGUUGAGGAGGAGGCACCGUGGCGACGCAAUAGUUUGGCACGUGUGCGCACACAGAACGAAAGUCCAACGAAAAAUCAAGUUCCUGAAAAAGAAGUUAAUAAAACUAACAACACACCAGAGACAUCAGAUGUUAUAUUGAGGCGCACUCAGAGCUUCGAGCAUGAUGAGAAAUUCUAUCAAAAAUAUCAUGAGCUGCGCGCACGCAUAAAAGCCAAUUCAUGCCCCAUAUUGCCGGCCACACAACUCAAUAGUAACAACAGUAGUAACAGUAAUAGCCGAAAUAACAAUAGCAACAGUAGCAAUAGCAAUAGCAAUAACAACAUCAACAAUAAUUGCAAUAAUAGUAACAAUAUAAAUAACAGUAAAAGUAACACCAACAUUAUCAAUAAUCCCACAAGCGCAUUAGGCAACGUUUACACGCCCAUUCCAAAUUAUUCGGUACAAAGAUCGGCUUCACUCAAAGAUCAUAGAAAUUACAGAACCAUUUCGACGAAUACAACGACCACAUCAGUAACAGCGGCGUACACUAUCAGCGCACCCUCUACUGCUGAUUCAACUGCUUCCGUAACGACAAGCACCACCACCACUACUUCAUCGACGGCUGCAAUAACGACACCGAUACGCAGUCCAGCAAAUAUUGGCAAAGGUGCCACCAGUGCUGUCAGCACCAUCGGCAAUAAUAAUAAUAAUAAUAACAGCAAUACGUUUACAAAUUCAAACACUGCCAAGAAUCACAAUAAUAAUGUUAAUAAUAAUAAUAAUGAUAAUGACAUUAAACAGCCAUCAUCACCUUUGUCCAGUCAGUCUACUCCCGAUUCAGCUGCACCAACUACUACUGUCGCAACAAAGCAGAAAAUGUCUGCGGGCACAAUUUUCAAAAAUUUCUUCAAAUCCUUUGUGCCACCCGUGCGUGACGAGGAGAGUGAAACGCAACGUAAGGCACAUGCAAAACGCGUGCGCGAAACGCGUCGCUCCACACAGGGUGUAACGUUGGACGAAAUCAAAAGUGCCGAAGAGUUGGUCAAGAAGAAAAAUUCAAAUAUGAAUAACAACAAUAACAGCAGCAGCAAUGAAACGCAAGUAGCUACAGCACCGGCGACUAUUCCAUCUACAUCACAGCAACAAGAAAUAGAAUCUAUUGAGCCUCUCACACAACCCUCAAUAACAGCAUCACAAGCGCUAAUACCGCUAGAACUCAAUCUUCAACCGCAGCGUAACAGACGUUCAGUUGAUAACGAUGAAACACCAAACACGCCCUCCACCAUCAGCGCAGAAUGUGCGCGAGAAAAAGCGGCUAAUAAAGAAGGAGAACCAGAAGCCGAAAAGGAUGAAGCGGUUGUGGAAAAUGAUGGUGAAGAUGUUUCUGCUUCGUUCACAAUUGUAACGCCAGCCAGAAAGAUCUCUAAUACAAAAGCAACCAUGCUAGAAGUUGCAACGACUGAUGAAACCACCGACGAUAAUGACGAAGAAGUAAGUACCACAUAUACAUUGACACCACGACAUUCGUAUGCAAUCAGCACUGCGCCUGCUGAAGCUGUGGAAACGACGAUAGUGGUCACUCCACCGGAGAUAUCAAGCAAUAAAACUGAAGCAGGGACAAACGAGAAUGAGCAUGAAGCUGAGAAAGAGAAUGAAGAAGAGGAGGAGGUAGAGGCGGUGCAAAUCAAGAACGAUGCCGAGGAUGAAGGCGCAUACGAAUCUGCAUCGUUAAAACAAAACACUGAUGUAAAUAGUGUGGAAGUGGCUCAAGUUGCGCAAGCUCAAGUAGAAGCGGAAGAUGAAGACGAAGAUGUGGACGAGGAGGAAGAGGAUGCGGAGGAAGCAGUUGGUAGUGAAAUUAUUGAAAUCAACGAUUUACAAAAUGAAAACGAAAAGACUGACAACUCUUCAAGAAAACAGAUUAAGAUCAGUGAAAAUAUAACUAUUAAACCCGCCCUAUCCUCAAUCGCAACUUUAACAGAUCGUACACGUGUUAAUACCCUUACUCCAUUACCAUUGGCUGUGAAUGAGGGUGUGAAAAGCAAUUCCCCAUUGCAUGCUGAAGAAGAUACUACACCGUUAACGCCAACCAGCGUGAGCAGCACAAAUACGCCAACUCUUGAAAGCCCAGUACGUCUGCGCGAAAAACGAAUACCCUUCGAGCCGGACAAUAAUAGCACUUUAACGCUUGUCGAGCGGCUAAGAUACGAAGCGAGUAAAUAUAGCGGUGAUGGGGGUGAUGAGCUGGUAGUUAAUAACAAAACGCGCUCACUACCACCAGCGUUACAAGGGGACCAUGAAAGUAGCAGUGGGGUCGUUAAUAUGGGCAUCGGCAAUAGUGAAUCGACGUUGACGACAACAACAAAUUACGGCAAAAUCUUCAAUAGCAGCCGUCGUAGCUUAGAUUCAACAUCACUGCCACUUCAAAGCCAUAUCAGCGAAUGUAAAACGUCUCAACAGGCAACUGAAUUACAAAGCAAUAACAGCGCUAUCGGUAGUAUUAGUAGUUGUAGUAGUAGCGGCACGGCGGCUGUAACCACUUUGGCGACAGCGGUGUCGUCGGGCAGCAGCAGCAGCAGCAGCAGUAGUAGUUGUAGUACGUCGUCUUCUACGGUGAAUACAAUGGCUGAGCGGCGUCCAUCUUGGCGUUUGAAAUUCGAUGCCGGCUGUAAGUUCAAAUUGGAAGAUGCAUCGAGCGGGAGUACAUUUCCCCCAAAUAACAGCACAAUCAUACCAAGUGCACCAGCUGUUAUUGCCGCCGCCAACUUAUCGUCAACCAUAUCACAACGUCGUAUCAAUAGUAAUUCAUUGAAUUCCUCGAAUCAAUCGCUGAAUUCAGUUGGACGACCCGUUUCUGCGCCGGCUAAUACCAGUACAUCCACCACACCGCUAAGCAACGAUGGUCAGAGCGAAAGUGUUGGUAUUUUCGGCCGAAGAGUCACUUCUGGAGUUGGUAAUACAUAUAGCAACAGCAGCUCAGCUACCACUGCAACGUCAACUACAGCCACAACAACAGCUACUGUUACAGCUUCCACGGCUAUUUCGGCGUCUAAAGCUAAUGAGGAUAAAGAUAACGACAAAGAAAACGACAAUCGCAAUUUGGCUGCACAAUCUGCUAUACAGCGAAGAAGAAAGCCAAAACGAAGAUCCACCGGCGUUGUACAUAUCGAUAUGGAUGAUCUUGAUCCAGAACGACACGAUUCGGCCAACGAUGCGGAAGAGAAAGAAAAGGAAAAAGAGAGUGGCGGUGAACGUGGAGCAUCGCGCUCACGCUUAGGAAGCACCACUACCGGCAGUUCAAAUUCCGCGACAGAUGAAAACAAAUCACGUGAUAAGUCAGAGAAUGGCGAAGCCAUCGACUACAAGGCUCUAUGGGAGGCUGUAAAAUUGGAGAACGACAAACUAAAGCAACAAUUGAAGAAAAAGGAUGAUGAAAUCGUACAAAGUAGAGCAACACUCGAAAGAAUUACAAACGCAACCACUAGAAACUCACUCUCAGAGCUCGAAAAACGCGAAAGGAGAGCUAUGGAACGCAAACUUUCCGAAAUGGAAGAAGAGUUAAAGCUAUUGCAGAAGCUAAAGACUGAGAAUGAGCGUUUGCGUGCGGAGAAUCGCGCUCUCACGCGCGUCGUAUCCAAGUUGACCACCUCAGCUCAGAGUCAACUAGCUAAAAAAUCGAAAUAAUUGAAAUAAAUACAUAAAUGAAAUUAAUCAAAUUAUACCAAAACUAAGGAAAUUAGUAGAUGAAAUUAUUUAAUGAAAUUCAUAUUCACAUACAUAUACAUACAUACUUAUAAACAAGAACUUAUAUUGUUAUAUAUAAAUAAGUGUUUAUCAGAAAAAGAAAGAUAGUAAAUGGCAAAGCAAGUGCUUCAACAGAUGGCGUUUAACUAAUGGUGCCGGCUAAUGGGCGAAUGGGCUAAUGCACUCAGUAUUUAAGCCCGUAUUGGAGUACACAAUUCGCGCUAUGCAAAUAAAAUGGCACUGAUGGUAGAAGAGUCUCUGUAACAUAGUAUAUUCAGACUCGGCUACAUAAGACUUGCAAAUGUACUCAUAUGACAAAUUAUAAGCUGUACUCCAAAACUGUUCGUAACCGUACGCGUAUAUCCCAGCUGUGUUAGCGGUGCAAUACAAAUUGUGUUGGAAAGUAAAAUUGUAUAACUUAUUUCUAAUGCGUCACCAGCAUUCAAUUAUUGCAUUACCAAGAAUCUUUAUAAAUUAUCAUGGCAACAUUGGACUGCGAGAAAAACAAAAAACGUGUCCAGCUCAACCCCUAUACUGCUGGCUUCAAAAACGAAGGGAAUGCAAUUUUCAUUUCAAAACAAAUAUACGAGAUACAUAGAUUUAUAAAUUUGAACAAAAUACUACUUGCAUAUCAUAAAGGCACAAUAACCGAAUAAAAAUUACCAUAUGCGUUUACGAAAAGUGUUUAAUUGAGUGAAAGGUUAAACG